AUGGAGGAUAGAACUCUUAAGUUUUACUCUAUGUACAACCUCAGCCUUUUAUCAAUCAUUAAUAUAGAAGUCGCUGGCAAUGCUCCAUUUGAACAUAACCAAGCUUUAGAAGAUAAUAAUCAUCAGAAUAAUGAUAACCAGGUAGACAUUAUUGGACCUCAAAAUUUGCAGAUUGAUCAUCAAGAACCAUUACCACCGGACAAUGACGAUCAGCGAGAAUUGAUACCCGACUUCGAAGAUUUUUAUAAUAGGUUGCAACAAAAUGAUGGUGAUGAUAACGAAUUGCUGUAUGAAUUUCAACGGCACCAAUAUCCAGGAUUUGAUAAUCAAGAUCAAAAUCUACAUUUAAACUUUGACAAUAACAUUUUUGAAAUACCAAUCAGAAGAAAUCAUGAUUCUGAUGAUGAAGAUGGAGAACUACCAGACCAAAAUAAUGAUGACGAUAACCAUCCUUUAUAUUUGGGAGCUGGAAUAUCAAAGCGAGAGAGUAUGUUAGUAAUUUUAGCGAUGAGUUUGAAACACCACUUAUCAAUGACAUGCAUUGAAGAUUUAAUAAGAGUUGUUGAAUUACAUUGCCUACGUCAAGAACUUAUUAAAAACAGUUUGCAUAAAUUUCAAAAAUAUUUUAAUUUUGACAAAGAAACUGUUAAAAAACAUUUUUAUUGUCCAUCCUGUGCAAAUCAACUUAAUAACGUGAAUGACUUAUGCCUUAUGUGCCCUCAAACAAAAAGUUCAUUCUUUUUAGAGUUACCAAUUACCAAUCAUUUGAAGGAAAUGUAUAAAAGAGAAUAUUUUUAUAAUUCCUUACAUAAUAAAUUCGAUCGACCAAUUUUUGAUGAUAAAAUAGCUGAUAUAUAUGACGGAGAAUUAUAUAAAUCUUGGAUUAAUAAUGGUUUCUUAUCAAAUUGGUACAUUGAUGGUGUGCCAGUAUUCAAAUCCUCGAAAGUUGGUGCUUGGCCAAUUUACUUUACUAUUAAUGAAUUACCGUUCGAGGAGAGAAAAAAAAUCACAAUACUUUAUUGUUAG